CCAUUUCCGCGGUGCGUCUCCGUUCCAGCCGUCAACCUCCGAAGCCAACCAAGACUACAAUACCCAGCGUGCACCGCGCCGCCUGGGGGGUGGAGCCGGAGUUCCAAGUCCUUGGAGGAAGUAAAUGGAAAGCUUAACAAACGCUCCUGAACGUUGGAGUGGUAGUCUGGAUCCGAGCAUAGAACUACAUUUCCCAGCGGGCAUCGGGUUCGGGGGGUCCCUUCCACUAGGCCUGGGCCUCCGGAGUCGCCACCGCCGCCGGCGCAAUAAGCUUUUCAAAAUGUCCAACAAAGAAUCUUGUGGAAAAAAGGACAAGUCUCGGAGAAAAGACACCACCUCAUCACCCAACUUUGAUGAAGAAGGUAAGAAAGAGAGAAAAACCCCAGCAAGUUCUACUAGUUCACCUUGCUCUGUAAGAUCUGUUUCAUCAGAGAAGAGAAAACUGAAAUCAGAUCAUAUAGACAUUCUGUAUUGUAAUGUAAAAAGAAGACAAGAACUGAAAAGACUGGAUGUAGAAACUGACACUCCAAGAAAGAGACCAAAAAUCAGUUCUUCAUCCCAAGGACCUGUUAAACUCCAAGAAGCAUCAUCUUCAAAUAACGAUCAAAUUAUUUCACAGAGUCCUUCUUCAAAUGGAACUAAAAAAGAUAUAUGUAAAUGUGUAGAUUUUAAAGUUAAAGAUGUUAAAUUGACAAAUGUUAGGAGUAAGCUUGACCAUGGAAAUAAAAACUUUAGCAGUUCGAAGAUUGCCAAAGAUAUGAAACCUAAAGCUGAAGGCCAGACAAAUGAAAAAAAAUGGGCUCAUUUACUUGCUCAGAAAGAGAAGAUGAAAGAAUGCAGGAAAGAAAGGUACACUAAAUUUAGAGACAGUUCUGAAAAAUGUGUUUUGGAGAAAUGCAAGAGAAUCCAGUUUUCUCAGGAUUAUAAUUCCAACAAGACAAUUAAGGAACCCCUUGAAUCUAGAAGAAGGAAGAUCAGUUUCAAAAUCCCAGUAAAAUCUCAUGAUACUCUCCAGAAGCUUGUAGAAGAAAAUGUCUUCAGUUUAGACUGUAACAAGUCAAAGACUAAGCAGGAGAAAAAUGAAUGCCUGGAAGGCUCCCAGGUUUCAUUAAAUUUGACUAGGCACAAAAGAGAACGUUUAUUUUCAGAUUCCACGUGUAAGCAGACUGUUCAUGCGUCAAGCGGAAAAUAUCAUCAUGAGCAUCAAGAAAGUAGUGAUUCAAGUUCUAGUGAAAACGUAGCUCAGAGUUUUGAAGCACCAUGUUCUUCAGUGUCACUUGAAAGUAUUCAAGAUACAGAUCAAGAGAUGCAGAUAGUAGAAGAGCUUCAUGCUGCACGUGUGGGACAAAGUAUGGAUUUACCUGUGGUUCCACCUUCUGGAGAGUUAACGAGUAUGGAAAUUGACGUGGUGGAAGAUGAUGUACACUCCUCUGCUGGUAUACCUUCAAAUACUGCUUCAGACAAAAAGCUUCUAAUUGUUAUUGACACAAAUAUUCUGAUGAAUCAUCUCAAAUUUGUUAAAAUUUUGAAGACAACAGAAAUCUCAGGUUUUGACACACUUGUGUUAAUAAUUCCCUGGGUGGUUGUGCAAGAGCUAGAUCGUAUGAAGGCAGGAAAACUGCUAAAACAUGCCCAGCACAAAGCUAUACCUGCAGUUCAUUUCAUCAAUGACAGUCUUAAAAAUCAAGAUAGAAAGCUAUGGGGUCAGUCAAUACAACUUGCAUCUCAAAAACUUUAUGGAUUGAGUGAUGAGAACAAUGAUGACCGAGUAUUAAAAUGCUGUCUUCAGUACCAGGAAUUAUUCCCUUGUUCUCUUGUUAUUUUGUGCACGGAUGAUAGAAAUUUAAGAAACAAAGGCCUAAUAAGUGGUGUGAAGUCACUCAGUAAAGAAGAAUUGAGUGCAGAGUUAUUAAACUUAUCUCUGAACACAGAUGUAUGUCAUCAGCCUUGUAUAUCUAAGCAACAAUUGAAAGCAGAAGCAACGUCUUUGGAAAAGAGCUGUGAGGAAGAAUCUACAAAUUCUGGACUGCCCAUUCUACUUGAAAGCAUCGUAUCUGAUCUUGAAAAGUCUCUUGGAACAGCUUUAUCUUCAAUAUUAGAAACAGAAAUGAAAAUUGCUUUUGGAAACCUUUGGAUGGAGAUGCUGUACUUGAAACCACCAUGGACUCUAAUACAUUUAUUACAGUGCUUUAGAAAACAUUGGUUGGCUGUCUUUGGAUUAGUUAUGGAAAAGAACUUGCUUUUAACCAUUGAGAGCCUGUAUGAAAAUCUCUAUAAAGCUGACAAAGCGGUGGAUUUUACAACAGUGAAAUUCCUGCUUCAGGAUUCUAAGAGUUUGUUACAUGCUUUCAGUACAAGGUCAGAUUAUGAUGGUAUUCUUCCACAGGCCUUUGCUCAAGUAAACAAACUACUCCAAACAUUUAUAGAGGUCAAGGCAAAACUUAAGCGAGAUCCUUCAGAAAAUACAGUGGGUAAAAAGAAAGAAGAUACUUCUUUGAUGAAGUCUAAUAACCAGGAAAUCACCAUUUUCUCAGGUUCUCAUCUUCCCCAACCCAACAGGCAUCAAGAAAUCUGGUCUAUCCUAGAGAAUGUUUGGAUUACAAUAUAUCAGAACAGCAUGGAUGUGUUUCAAAGAUUAGGCUCAGAUUCAGCUCUGACUUCUUCAAAAAUAGCAUCAUUUGAAGAAGCAUUUGUAUAUCUUCAAAAGUUAAUGGCAGCUGUGAAGGAUAUUCUUGAAGGAAUUCAGAGGAUUUUGGCCCCCAACAGUAAUUUUCAAGAUGUUGAGACCCUCUAUAACUUCCUAAUCAAGUAUGAGGUAAAUAAAAAUGUCAGAUUUACUGCCCAGGAACUUUAUGAUUGUGUUUCACAGACUGAGUAUCGGGAAAAGUUAACCAUCGGAUGCCGCCAGCUGGUUGAGAUGGAAUAUACCAUGCAGCAGUGCAACGCAUCCGUCUAUAUGGAGGCCAAAAGCAGGGGAUGGUGUGAAGACAUGCUCAACUAUAGGACCUAAGUGCUGAUUUGUAACUUAAAAGAACAACAGAGUACUUUUCAACCUUUUGAGCCAAACCCAAGAGGCUUGUAAGAAAUCUCUCAGGUACAAAAAGAUGAUUGCCUAUUACUGACAAUAUUAAAGUUCCAAAAAGCCUAAUGCAUCCAUUGUGGGAUAAACUGUGGACUCAAUUCUUCUGAAGUUGACAAUACCUCCCUACCUCUACUGCUGGUACUGAGCCCGUACGUCUAAGGAACGAGAGCUGUCUUUGUAGUAAUCUUAGGGCAAGAGCCAUCGUGGCAUCUGAGGAAAGCCUCAGGGCACAGCAGUAGCAUCUCUCUCAACCCUAAAUAUGUGUACAUGACCACAGACACUUCCAAAGCCCAAGAAAGAAUUAGGACAUACCCAUGCUUACCACAUUCUACAAAUAAAAUCUUACUCUGGGCUGUUUUAUGAUCAAACUGUCUUCCAUGUAGACCUAGUGAAUAUAGCACACAUGCCUUCCAUUUCCCCAAGGUAAUGAAUGUAGAAUUUUGACUUCAGCUCCAACUUGCUGUAUAACCUCUUCUCCUCGUCUCUGGGCUUGUCACUUUUCAGGGCAUUUCUAAUGAGAGGAGCAGGGAGACGCCUAGGCUGCAUUUUCUCUUAAAUGUGAAGCAGCGUGGAUUUAUGGGAUUAGGUGGCAGUGACUGCUGCUGCCCCUAGCAAAACCAAAUGUUUAAUUGACUUAUUAUUCGGUUAUACAGUAAGUUGGAAAUCCUUGUUUACUAGAGUAUAUUAUGCUUUUGUUAAUACAUUAGAUUAAAACUAAUUUGGUAUUCUAUUAUAAAUGUUUAUUUUUUUUAAAAAAAGCAAUAAAUUAUUUUUAGUAAGA